AUGGCGCAAACAGACUACAAGUUCGAGGGCUGGAUGGGCCUGGAUUCCAGCUCUAGCGAGGGAAACAUGACAUGGCAGGAGUUUACCCCCAAGGAGUGGGAGGAGACUGAUGUCGAUAUCAAGAUCACCCACUGCGGUAUCUGUGGUUCCGAUAUUCAUACUCUUCGCAGCGGCUGGAGACCUACCAUGUACCCCUGCUGCGUCGGCCACGAGAUCGUCGGCACGGCCGUCCGUGUCGGAUCUCAGGUCAAGGGCAUUGCACUUGGAGACCGCGUCGGCGUCGGUGCCCAGAGUGACUCGUGCCAGGGUCGCCAGGGCGAUUGUGAAGAGUGCGCCAUGGGCUCGGAGCAAUACUGCUCGAAGAAGUUCACCGGCACCUAUAACAGCACUCACCAGAAUGGCGACAAGUCUUACGGUGGUUAUGCUCUGUAUAACCGCGUGCCAGCCCACUUUGCCAUCAGAAUCCCUGAUGAGAUUUCCUCGGCUGAGGCGGCGCCCAUGCUGUGCGGUGGUGUUACCCUGUACAGUCCCCUGAAGCACAAUGGUUGUGGACCCGGCAAGCGGGUUGGUAUCAUUGGUGUUGGUGGACUUGGUCACUUUGGCGUGCUCUUUGCCAAGGCUAUGGGGGCUGAUAAGGUCGUUGCCAUUUCGCGUCGGUUGAAUAAGAGCGAGGAUUCGUUGAAGAUGGGUGCCGAUCUUUACAUUGCGACUGAGGACGAGCCUGACUGGGCUACUAAGCAUGCUCGGUCUUUGGAUUUGAUUGUUUCCACUGUGUCUUCUACCAAGAUGCCCAUGACUGAGUACCUGGGUCUGCUCCGCACCAACGGCAGUCUGGUUCAGGUUGGUCUUCCUGACGAUGGUACUUUGUAUGCUCCCAUUCGUCCUUUGAUGCGUCGCUUGAAGGUGGAGAGCUCUCUGGUUGGCAGCCCCGAUGAGAUCCGCGAGAUGCUCCAGCUGGUCGCCGACAAGGGCGUCCACCCUUGGAUCGAAGAGAUCCCCAUGAAGGAUGCCAACCGCGCGAUUGUGGAGAUGGAGGCUGGCAAGGCCCGUUACCGCUACGUGCUGGCGAACGAGUAA